AUGGACGAAGCGAAAGAAAUCUGGAUUCCUGAGGCAAAGAUUGUGCUCGACAUUGCGCCGGCUGACUUGCCUGAUGGUUUCGUUUUUGGCGAAGAUGACUCUGAUUUCGACCUUUCUGACUGUGAGGACGAGGCGGAUGGCGACUUGCCCGAUAGUGAUGAAUCAUCAUCUGAUGAUGAUGAAGAAGAGCAGGAAGAGGAUGGCUACUGUCCCUAUAGCUUGGCUCCGCAGCCUGUGUUAAAAACCUGA